GAAGAAAAGUCUUGAAGACCUAAAAUAGUAGUGUCCGAUUCAAUAAAGAGGGCAGAGGGGAACUCGAAGCGAUGCAGAAGCGCAAAGCCCUAGAUUCAGGAUUUGAAUCAGAAGAGAAGAAGCAAAUGACUGAAAAAGAGGAGCAUACUGUGAACAUUGUUGAUGCUAUGCAGCCAGAUAGUAAGUCAAUGGACCACAGCGCUGAUCCAUCUAUCAUUGCACCAAACACCAAUAAGGAGGAUGCUAAGGAUAAUAAUAACUGCACUUCUGUACACCCAAUUGAUAUUUCCGUCGCAAUCAAGAAAGAAAACAUAUUAAUAAGUACAGGUGCUCAUCCUGAGAUAAAGCAUGAUAUGGUUACUGUAAUAGAUUCAAAUUUAACGGAGCAUACUGUGAACAUUGUUGAUGCUAUGCAGCCAGAUAGUAAGUUAGACAUGGCAAUGGACCACAGUGCUGAUCCAUCUAUCAUUGCACCAAACACCAAUAAGGAGGAUGCUAAGGGUAAUAAUAACUGCACUUCUGUACACCCUAUUGAUAUUUCCGUCACAAUCAAGAAAGAAAACAUAUUAAUAAGUACAGGUGCUCAUCCUGAGAUAAAGCAUGAUAUGGUUACUGUAAUAGAUUCAAAUUCAACGGAGGUGAAAACUACCAGUUCAGAUCAGAUAAAAUGUGUCCGCCAUAAUGGGGGAACUAAGUUCAUUAAUAUUUCUCUUGAUAAGGAUAUUCCUAUUUCUUCAUUGCAAGAUAUUCAAGGUCAUAAUUCUGCUGAUGGUUUGGCUUUACCUAGUAAUGAGGGGAGGGAUGUGACAAAUAAGAGUCAGUGUAAAGAGUCAUUCAAUGACAAACCAGAACCACUAGUUAGUAAGGUAGAAAGCUAUGUAUCAAGAACUGCUGAUGCAGUACAAACUCAGGUGUUUGAGGAGAAGGAACCUGAUAAAGACUCAACUUUGGUCCAUGAGGAUUCUUCUGAUGCUACAUUGCAAGCUAUGGGGGAUUCUAUAGCUGUUAAUUCUGGAAAUGGAUCUGUGCCUGAGGAAGUUCAAAAGUCAAUGAAUAAAGAGGUAGAACAUUCUAUUCAUGAACAGGAUGGGUCUAAAGAUGCAUGGGCACUUCUUAAUGAGGAUUUGACUGAUGAGUCUUAUAAGGUGCCAGAAGCUUCUGGCAUUUCUGCAGAAGGAAAUCUGAAAGCACUUUCUUCACCAAUUAGAGGUGUCAUUCAUGACAUUUCCUCUGUGGCUGAACCUAAUGAAAAAACAGUUUCAAGUUUGUGUAAAAAGGAAGAAGUUAAUUUCUCAUUCCAAACAGAAAAGAAGUUCCACUCAGAUGAGUCAUCUGAUAAUCAUUCUGAGAAGGUGUGCAGUGGCGUUGAAUCUAACAAUACAUUGCCUGGAAUUUGCAAAAAGGAUGACUUGAAUGCCACGUCUUCUUGUGAUGUAAAAGUAAUAAGCAACAAUCCAAGGAAUGAAGCUAAAUCUCUAUCGAUUAGGCAGAGUAUAGAGAGUAGUUGUAUUUCAGAUCCCAUCAACUUCCAAGAUAAGGAAAUAGAGGCUGUGCUUCUGCAACCAGAAAGAAAUUUGGCCAGUCGUACAAGGAAAAAACUUAUUGUCCUUGAUUUGAAUGGACUACUUGCAGAUUUUGUUCUUGAUAACCGUAAUGUCCAUAAAGCUCCGAAGAAAGUCGGGGGAAAAGCUGUUUUUAAAAGGCCUUUUUGUGAUGAUUUUCUGAAGUACUGCUUCGAGACAUUUGAAAUAGGAGUUUGGUCCUCACGGAGAAAGUAUAAUGUUGAUGGUGCUCUUGAUUAUAUUAUGGGAGAUAAUAGGCAUAAGCUCCUAUUCUGUUGGGAUCAAUCUCACUGUACAUAUACUGGAUUUAAAACUCGAGAAAAUGUGCAUAAACCACUGGUUUUGAAGGAACUGAAAAAAUUAUGGCUAAAAGAAGAAAGUGAUCUUCCAUGGGAGAAGGGAGAUUAUUCACCAUCAAAUACCUUACUUGUGGAUGAUUCUCCAUACAAAGCUCUUUGCAAUCCACCGAAUACUGGUAUCUUCCCAUACCCUUACCAUUUCGAUGAUGAAAAUGACACUUCUCUAGGGCCAGGAGGAGAUCUUCGCAUCUAUCUAGAACGGCUAUCUGAAGCCAAUGAUGUCCAACUCUACGUACAAGAAAACCCGUUCGGACAACCAGCUAUAACGAAAAAUGAUUCAUCUUGGGAGUUCUAUCUGCAAAUCAUUGAGAAAGUUGAACAACCUUUAGCUCCAGCGUAGUGAUGCUUCUAACAUGUUUUAUAUUUUCAAGGUUCAAUAGUUAUGAUCAAGUUCUCAAUGAAUGAGACUGCUCGCAGAGAAUGUGCGGCAACCUGAAAUAUUUUGCUUCUCAAACAGGAAGAUGAACAAAGACCAGAUUUUGUGAGGGAUCUACUGAAUUUUGAAUAGAUUCUGACCUAGAAACAUACUACAAGAGUAGUUUGCUGCAGAUAUAUAAAGUUGCAAAAUUUUCAGACUUUGAGAGUCAUGCUGGCUGUGUUGAGAAUGACCUUUGCUGAUGGCGUAUUUUCAAAGGGCAUUAUAUGAUGUAACGCAUGGUGGUGGUGUUGUUCUGCAGUAGUCGAAUUGGGAUGAAAAUACUGUUGUAUAAUUAUGCCCAUCCGUUAUUUGAACAAGAAUCUUAUAGCAAAUUUGAAUCAGUAUAUGCCUAUCUUUUGUAAACAAGCAUCGAGAUGCAAUAGAAAAUCCGUCUCUUAUGUCCA